AUGUGUGGAGACUUGUCGAGACUCGUCGAGCAAACCAAAAAUGCUCGAGGGUCCGAAGGCCAUGAACUCACUUACUCAUUUGCUGUGAUGACCGCUCAAGAGCUUGCUAGACGCACGCCUUCGCUGCUCACUAAAAGCGGGGAGCUGGUGACGACCUCGCUUCCUGCAACAGUUAGCGACGUUAGAAAACAUUUUCUAGAGAGGUACUAUGAAGUGGACCAGGCAGUAGUUGGUGUUUCGCCAAUUGUCCCCCAAGCUCUGGUAAGCCACCUCCUGAGCACUAAAAAGGACGGAGCGCUCAAGGUCAAAUAUGAGAAGGGAGAUAGCAUCACAAACAUGGAGGGUGCAAUGCACACUGUAGUGGUACCAAUUGCUCCCCAUGUGCUUAUUUUUGGUGACCACCGCUAUGAAAACGAGCACCGAGUCCCGCUAUUUCCUGCCAAAAACGGGCAUUUGCAGGCCCGGCCGGUGAUUAUCAGUGCCUUAGUUCAGCCGGAUUUCGAAAACCAUAGCGUUCUGUUUGAUUUGAUUAAACUCGACCGAAAUGCUGUUGGUGAGCCUCUAGAAGACAAUUGGCAGCCGGCGAGCGCAGAAAAAAAAGCCAACCCGAAAUUCUAUAUCGAAUACGAAAAAAGUUUGAAGCAGCAUAUGAUCUACCACUUCACCACUGCGAAGGCUCUGCCUAGCAACGCGGUCGCCUUGUCGAAAGAAGACCUGAUUGCCCGCAUCCGCGAAGGUCAGCGCGAGGGGCUAUUCUAUCAAACGCACGGGUCUCUGCUGUCUAUUGAGAUGCUCCUGAACAUUGUUUACGAACAACAGCGGGUUGAGCACAAGUUACUGCAUGAGCUAUGUCCCAAUGGAUACGCUUACACGUGGGACCCACCCGCGAUUUUCGCCAAAACCAUUGAUUCCGACAUCCUGGACGAGGUCUGGGCGGCAGCAAUGCUACGGCUGACGCCUACUCGACUGAAAUUACUGGCGUUCAAUGACUGGAACAAUGCCAACAUCAUUGUCAGGCUGACCCUCGCCAUGCACGUUCCUGUGGUUGCUAAGGGUAGCCUGUUUCUUGGUCACAACCAAUCAUACUUACCUCCUAAGCAGCUGAGGGACUGUGCAUUAGUUUUGCACAGCAACAGCGAUGCGUUCGGGCAAAACGUGGAGACCGAGAUCGAGUUCACGAGCCUCGACGGAGCCCUCGGGGCAAAAAGCUCGCUAGCCGCACAUCUCCAUCGAGCCCACAAAUUCCCUGCUAUUUACCUGUAA